AUGAGCGGGAAGCAGAACAGGGCGUUCAGCAAGGAGGAGGAGGAGGAGGAAGAAGACGAGGAGCUGUUGGACGAGGAAGAAGAGCUGAAGAAUGGAAGCAGUAGUGAGGACGAAGAAGAGGAGAACGAGCACGUGAAGGACGGGGAAAGGGCUCAGAAACGCAAAGACGGCGAAGAAGAUGCGGAGAAUAGUGACGAGGAAACCGCAAGAGAUAAGAAGAGAAACAACAAAAAACGGACGGAAGAGGAAGAAGAAAAUUUGCCACCACGCAAACCAGCCGUGCGGGAGAUUCAACUGCUGCUUCCUGGUCAUGGGCCAGAAAAAAUCACUGUGAGUGUCCGUCUUUCUGCUGAGGCGUCUAUACACCCUGCAAAGAAGUUGCGGCAGCAUGAGGGACAUGGUGCCGAGGAGGAAGAGGCUGAGGAGGAAGAGGCUGAAGAGGAGGAGGAAGAGCUGAUCGAUGAGGAAGAGGAAAUCGGUGGAGAGCAGCGCAAUAUGCCGUUGUCUCCACCGUGGAUGCCGCAUUUGCUCAGCGAUGACGCUUUCCAUUGGGAACGCACGUUACUGCUUAUGUAUGGCUACACCUCACCCCCAGUGCCGACGCCGUCGGAUGGCGAUAGAAAUGAGCACAGCGAGCAGGAUGCGCCAAAGGGAAGUCGGCAUACCGACUUAGUUGAAGAGGGAGAAGAGGAGGAGCAGGAGGAGGAGGAAGAAGAUGAAGAGAAUAAGGAGAUGACAAAAAAUACAGAAAAUGCAAAAACAGAGACGGUGGUGGAAGGUGCCAAGCGGGCAUCUAUUGUUAACGGCGCUGCUGACACGGCAUGGCUGGCUCCCGAGUCACGUCCUACUGGCAACGAGGACUUUUUUAUUGUGUAA